CCCGCCCCCCAAUCAUGUGAUUCAGGUGUUCCAAUCCCCUCCAUAUCAUGUGAUUCAGGUGUUCCAAUCCCCUCCCAAUCAUGUGAUUCAGGUGUUCCAAUCCCCUCCCAAUCAUGUGAUUCAGGUGUUCCAAUCCCCUCCAUAUCAUGUGAUUCAGGUGUUCCAAUCCCCUCCCAAUCAUGUGAUUCAGGUGUUCCAAUCCCCUCCAUAUCAUGUGAUUCAGGUGUUCCAAUCCCUCCAUAUCAUGUGAUUCAGGUGUUCCAAUCCCCUCCAUAUCAUGUGAUUCAGGUGUUCCAAUCCCCUCCAUAUCAUGUGAUUCAGGUGUUCCAAUCCCCUCCAUAAUCAUGUGAUUCAGGUGUUCCAAUCCCCUCCAAAUCAUGUGAUUCAGGUGUUCCAAUCCCCUUCAUAUCAUGUGAUUCAGGUGUUCCAAUCCCCUCCAUAUCAUGUGAUUCAGGUGUUCCAAUCC